GUUUGCUUUGGCGGCUCUGCGCAAAAUGGCAGAUGCAGAGGUAGACACUCGGCGCUCCGUCGAUGACCGCUGCGACGUAAAACCAACAAUGCCUGCCAACGGUGAAGAAGGCGUCCCGCUACAAACCGAGUGGACCUUCUGGCUCGACAAGACGGAAGGUCGAGGCAUCUCGGCUGCGGAAUACACGGCCAGCCUUAAGAAAAUCUACACUGUCAACACUGUGCAGGGUUUCUGGGCAGUGUUGCACCACAUACCAGAUGUGUGUGAGCUCGGCUUGCGGCACACCUACCACCUAAUGAGGGGACAGCGACGGCCUCUCUGGGAAGACCCCGAAAACCAGCGUGGAGGCACCUGGCGCAUCCGGUGCCACAAGAAGCACACGCCAGCAGUGUGGAAGGAGCUUAUAUUGGCUGCCAUCGGAGAACAGUUUGCAGAAGAUGUGCGGCCAGGAGAUGACAUAUGCGGUGUGUCUGUGUGCGUGAGGGAGAAAGACGACAUAGUGCAGCUGUGGAACGCCGACGCGCAUCUCAGCGAGGGGGCUACAGUGCUGUCCCGCGUUCACGCCCUCUUGCCGCCAGGCAUCACCCCAGUUGCCGAAUUCUACAAACCUCACCAGUCCCGGUUGGCAUACGAAGGGGGUCACAAAAGGACGUCCCGCUAGUCAGUACAGCAACUACCGUCCACAAAGGCCCACUGUUGAUGCCAGGUGCCUGUAAGGCCCACCAGUUUGGAACACUAAGCAUGGCAGCCAGCUUUGCCCUGUUGCACCGCUGCAUAUGUUCUUUAUCGAUUAGAUUUACUAGCUGUUGUUACCGGUUGUCGAUAGGUGAAAUAAUGGGACUUCCUAUUUUUUUAUGAUUCAUAUAUGUUGUCACUAAGACCAGUGCUUCCUUGAUGACCGUAGAACAAAGAUAUUGGCUAAGACAGUGCCAUCUUGUUUGUUAUACA